AUGGAGACAACCAGAAUCUUUGUGAAGGGCCUUCCGCCUACCAUCACGGAGGCGGAGUUUCGGAAACACUUUUCGGCCAAGAACCGCGAGAUUACCGAUGUGAAGCUCAUCCCUCAGCGGCGCAUUGGCUAUGUUGGAUACAAGACACCCCAGGAUGCUUCAGGGGCCGUCAAGUACUUCAACAAGUCAUACAUUCGCAUGUCUAAGAUCUCGGUCGAACCAGCAAGGCCGGUAGGUACAGCUUGUGAUUCCAGCAAUAAUCUCUACACAAACAUGGGCAUCUCAGACCCGGCCCUUACCAAGAGCCAGCGAUCAGCCCAUUCCGAUCAACCUGUGGCGAGCACCCAACGCCCACGCCAGGACGAUGAGGGUAGCUCGAAGAAGCGCAAGCGAGAGGAGCUGGACGAGUCUGACCCUAAGCUGCGAGAGUUUCUCCGCGUGAUGAAGACGGGCAAGGAGGGUGUCCUUGCCGAUGAGACAAAUCCUGAUGCCGACAUGACAGGACUUGCCACGGGUGGAGAUGCCCUUGUGCCAGAGGGCGAGAGUGACGACGAGUAUGAGCAGAUACCCAAAAAGAAAGAGAAGCUACGGAAGUUGGAGUCAUCCGAGUCGAGUCGAAAGAUUGUGGCCGACGAUGUGAAACCUCAAGAGGCCGAGAAGCUUCCUCAACUGGAUGCUGGGGCGACAGAUGAUGACUGGCUCAGAUCACGCACGAACAGACUCCUUGAUCUUGUCGAUCCUGACGACCUUCCACCACCCACACAGCCAGCAGUCGAGACUGAGACUGCUGUGCAAGAUGAAAAGGAGGACGAUGACGCCCCGCCUUCUCCUCGUGAUGCCACCGAGGAAGAUGUGCCUCCAGUGGUCGAUGACAACAAGGGAGCAGACGGUUCUGGCGCAGAUGAUGCGGUCGCCACCAUCUCCCGGACAUCUCGGCUCUUCGUUCGAAACCUCCCUUAUACCACGACAGAGGAAGAUCUCUAUGAAGCGUUUGGCAAAUUCGGCACUAUACAGGAGGUACAUCUGCCGACCAACGCUUCAGGAGCUGGCAAGGGGUUUGCGUUGGUGUUGUUUGACAAUCCGUCUGAUGCCGUGAAUGCAUUCCAAGCUCUCGAUGGGGUAACUUUCCAGGGGCGCAUUCUGCACAUCAUUCCUGCAGAAGCCAAGAAGCAGAGUCUGGACGAGUUUGGAAUGUCGAAAUUACCCCUGAAGAAGCAAAACAUGAUUCGCAAAAAAGCUGAGGCAGCAACGAGCGUCUUCAAUUGGAAUUCGAUGUACAUGAGCCAGGACGCUGUGAACGCCUCCGUGGCCGCACGCCUGGGUGUUUCCAAGUCCGAAGUGCUCGAUCCCACAUCUGCCGAUGCGGCCGUCAAGCAAGCCAUCGCAGAAACGACCGUCAUCCAGGAGACCAAGGCCUACUUUGCUUCGAACGGCGUGGACCUGGACGCCUUCAAAUCGCACAAGCGCGGUGGCACGUCGAUCCUGGUCAAGAACUUCCCAUACGGCACAUCCAUGGAAGAACUCCGGAAGAUGUUUGAGGAGUGCGGGCCGGUGCUCCGAGUGUUGAUGCCGCCGACCGGGACGAUUGCCAUCGUCCAAUUCGCCCAGCUGAAUCACGCAAAGGCCGCAUUUGGCAAGAUGGCGUACCGUCGAGUCAAGGACAGCGUCCUCUUCCUGGAGAAGGCCCCGCCUGCGGAAACCGCUUCGCUCUUUGUCCGCAAUUUAAACUUUGCCACAACGACCAACCGGCUGGCGGAAAUCUUUGAGCCACUUGACGGAUUCGUCUCGGCUCGUGUCAAGACAAAAAUAGACCCAAAGAGGCCUGGUCAGACACUCAGCAUGGGCUUUGGCUUCGUAGAAUUUCGAUCCAAGGACCAGGCCCAGGCGGCGCUCAAGGCCAUGGAUGGCUACGUCUUGGAUGGCCACGCGCUCGGUGUCAAAGCCUCACACAGGGGUCACGACGCUGCCGAGGAGAGGCGGCGCGAGGACGCGGCCAAGAAGGCUGCGGCGCAGAGGACCAAGAUCGUGAUCAAGAACUUGCCUUUCCAAGCCACCAAGAAAGACAUCCGCACUCUGUUUGGCACUUAUGGGCAACUUCGAUCUGUCCGCGUUCCAAAGAAGGCAGACUAUACCGCAAGAGGGUUUGCAUUCGCGGAUUUCGUAACCCCUCGAGAGGCAGAGAAUGCACUAAAUGCAUUGAAAGAUACCCACUUGCUCGGCCGGCGACUGGUAUUAGACUUUGCCGCCGCCGAGGCUGUCGAUGCUGAGGAAGAGAUCGAGAAGAUGCAACGCAAGGUAGGAGGGCAGGCCAAUAAAAUGGCCCUUCAGCAGCUUACUGGAGGAGGGAGGAAAAAGGUUACUAUUGGCAAUGACGAGGAUGACCUUGAGGCUUGAGGUAAAAAG